GUCGGGCUAUACUAUAGGGAGCGCAAUGAAAAUUAUUUACUAGUAGUAUAUUUAAUAACUAACUACUAUAUGUACUAACUACAUAAAACUAAAGUAUAUGUACUAAUGUAGGCUAGUAUAGUAGAGUAUAUAGUAAAAAUACGUUUUAACGCGGCGUACCUAAUUAUUGAAUAUGGAUAGCGAUAAGUCUGCAUCCCAGCCUCUGCGAGUCAAAGUAAUCAGCAUGGGGAAUCCGAAAGUUGGAAAGAGUUGUGUAAUAAAACGAUACUGUGAGAAGAGAUUUAUCACGAAAUACUUGGCAACUAUUGGAAUCGACUAUGGCGUAACAAAAGUAACUGUGCAAGAUCGGGAGGUUAGAGUAAACAUUUUUGACAUGGCAGGACAUCCAAUUUUCUAUCAGGUUCGUAAUGAGUUCUACAACGAAACAAAUGGUAUUCUGCUUGUGUAUGAUGUCACAGAUAGGAACAGUUUUGGUGCUUUACAAGAAUGGUUAGAUGAAAUGAAGAAUGAGAUGGGUAACCCAUCAGAUAUGAGCAAUGGUGUAUUCAUUGUCUGUGCUAACAAGAUUGAUAAAAAGCGUGAGGUGGAGGAGCUGGAAGGAAGACUGUGGGCAGAAACAAAGGGCUUCCUCUAUUUUGAGACGUCUGCACAAAGUGGUCAGGGAAUCACAGAUAUGUUCGAGACACUAUUUAGAGAGAUGGUGAAUGUCUUGGAAAAUGGCCCGCAGCCUUUAGUAACUCCAGAAAACACUAGUGGGUUAAGCAUGGGCUACACUAAAGAACAGAUUGAAGCUAUUCACAGACUAAAGUACUGCAAGAACUCCUUUGAAAAGUUGGGCCUCAAAGUUGGAGCAACACGGGACGAGGUCAACAAAGCAUACCGAAGACUGGCGGUGCUGCUGCAUCCUGAUAAAAGCAUUGCCCCUGGCAGCGAAGAUGCUUUUAAAAUUUUAGUCAAAGUUCGUAGUACCCUUCUAAACAUUGCUUUUUAGAUUUUGGAACCUUGUGCGUUGAGAAUUAUAAUUUCUAUGCCUUCUUUUUAAUCUGCAUUGUCCUUAAAAUUGGGAGUAGUUUUCCAGUAAAUAAGGUAUUUUAUAUGCAAGAGACAAAGUUUUAAAAUACCACAAAUUGUGAAUGUGUUUGUUAGGUUCAAGAAACCAAUCAUAUUACUGUCUUUCAUGAAUGUCACACUGUCAGUACUAUUUUUUUUUUAUCUUGCCACCACGGGUUCAUGCUAUGCCAGGUCAUCCUUGUGUCUGACUCUGUAAACAGUUAGCUAUAGACAUGUAGGGUGAAUGUACAAAAACAUGCAUCCCGCUGAGUUUUACUCGGGUUCGUUAUAGAGUUAAAUAACUCGUAAAUAAACUUGUUAAGGUAUUUGAUGAAAUAAGCUUAUUACACUGCAGAAGUCAAGCAGUAAAUAUAUUCUUAUUUUUGGUGUUUGAAGUACCCCCCCCCCAAAAAAAAAGUUCUCAGUAGUAAAAUAUUGUUACCAUUACAUUAUAGAGAAUAGUGGGGUGAAACAGGUUCUAUACGUAUGUAAUUAAUAUGUAUCUGGUAGGCAACAUUUUCACUUUUCAGCCACACAGAAGGCUAAACGUAGAAUUUUUUAUUUACAAGAACGUGUAUGAAUUUGACCGUAAUGAUUUACACAGGUAUGAUAUAUGUAUCUAAGAUUAUAUCGAGAAAAGGAUUGAGCAAAUAACUGUCCUUCAUAGCAUGAAGUGUAAAAGCAGGAAAUAGAUUUAAAUCGAGUGCCAAAUACACAGCUGCCGUUAUUGAGUCAUGUAGUCGAAUAUUUUAGCCAUUUUAAUCAAUAAGUCAUUAUUUAUUUAUCUACAGUUGUAUAUGCUGAGAGGAGUACUCACUAACGAUAAGAUGGUGCAUCAGCACAAGUGCCAAACUGCGUCUCAUUUGUAUCAAUGUACGAGUAUAUCAAGUAUAUAUAUAUAUGAGGCUAAGAAUUAUUUUAAGAUGUGAAUACAUCAUGUAUAUAAUAGGCAAUUUUUUAUAAUAGCCAAACCCUUUUUGGGCUUGUUUGUAUGGGCUAGAAAGUAUGUCUCUUAGAUCCUAGAUCUCUUAUUGCACAAUUUUAUAGCAAUCUUGCUGUAUAUUGUUUUGUCAUAUUUGCUUCGUUCUACAUGCUUUUAUAAUGAAAUAAAACAAUGUAAUACUAAAUA